AUGUUCUUUUGUGUUUUUUUAGUUAGUACAACUUAUAUCUCUGAUUCUCAUAUAAAUUACUUAAAUAACCGAUUUUACAGUAACUUGUGUAAUGUUGUUAGCACAGCAGAGAAUACACAACAAAAUACAACAUUUGAAAAUUUACUACAUAAUGACAAAAUGCAAGCAAAAGACGGGGUAGAUUCUGGACGUGAUCAAAGUACUAAUAAACUUAAUUUAAAUGGUGGUCUUACAUAUGAUCAACAUUCUUGUGAAACAGAUACUUUAUCUUUAACGUCAAGUAAAGAUUUAUCUCAACAUAUGGAAAGCACAAAUUCUCUUGAUCAGGACUAUUCAAUAUCGGACAUAAGUGCAAAUAUCCCUCAGUACUGGAAUGAUGUUUUUAAUACUACAGAUGUUUCUUAUACCAACAUAGUUGAAAAAAAUUUACCUUUGACAAAUAAUAAUUAUUUUUCUGCACAAGCUAACAUGUAUUCUAAUUUAAAUUUGUCUAAACAAACGGAAAGCCUACCAGCUGUGCAAUUAAAUGAACCUUUGACUAAACAUCUAAAAGCUAAUUGUAAUGAUAACUAUACAGAAUUUAAUAAUCAAAAUAUUGACGAUCUGAUAUUUAAAAAUAGCUUAUAUAUAGAAAUUGACAAUUAUAUUAAUCAGGAGCCUAGUAAAUAUAAUGAUAAAAAAAGUUCUUUUCAAGAGUUUGAUUUUGAACAUAAAAAUAAUAAUUUAGUAGUUUCUAGUUUUAAAAAUUGUGAUACUGAUAAAUAUGCUGAGGUUAACAAUAAAGAAGUUGACGAAUAUAGUAAAAUUAAUAAUAAAAAGUCUUUAGAUAACGACGACUUAAUUAUAAAUGAUACAAAAGAGCAAGAAAAAAGAAGUGAAUAUUUUGCUGUAGAUAAUGAUCCCGUUCAAAGCUUUUCAUUUGACAAUUUAAGUAUUAAGCUUUUUAAUAUUUUAACUAAAUAUAAAAAAGAGCUAAGAAAACUUAAAAGUAAGUUUUUUUUAGAUGUAAGAAAAAAAUCAUGCGGGGAUCUAAUUUUUUGUAACUUAAGUAAAAAUUCUAAAUAUUGUAACAGUCGUCAGCGAUUAAAUAGUAAUUCUUCAUAUUUUAAUGCUCUUACGAAUGAUACUUUGGUACCUCUUAUGAUUGAUAUUAACAAUCUUUUUUUGUCAGCAACUACAGAAAAGUUGCUUUGUGGAUGGGUUGAAUUUAUUGCAGAAGUUGCACAGUUUGUUGCCAACUUUAAAAGCUAUAUUAAUUUAAAGAAUUACAAUCGAUGUGAUAUUUUCAGUAAUUUUACAUUAAUUGAAACUACAACGUUUGAAAUAAUUUUAAAAUUUGACUUUAAAAAGAUCAAAUUUUUUUUGGAGCAUUCCACACAAAACUAUGAAAAUCCUAUAUUUUCUGACUCUAAAGUUAAAAAGGUUUUAUUUAACAUUUCAUACAACGUUUGGAAAUUUGAAGAAAAAUUAGAACAUUGUGGUUUUUAUAUUACGAAAUUGAAAAAUUUUAUGAAAAAAUUGUAA